GGCAUUUUUGAAUUUUAAUAAGUUACUAGUAUUCAUAAAUUGAAAUUUCACAUAAAACCCACGGUAUAUGGAUUUUCCCGAGAAACGAAGACAUCUCAGAAACUGGAUGCUCAUUCUCCUAGAGAAAUGGGUUGGAGUUGAGUAUCAAAUUCUCCUUUCAGAUGAACUUAAUGCUCCCUUAUCCAUCAUAGUACCUUCCACCAUUUUUUUAGGCUCAGCUUGCAUAAGGUAAUUUAUCUCUCUCUCCAGUCUAGGCAUCUGGGUUUAUGACCCCUUCUCUAAACACAUUGUUCACUGCUCUAUCACACGAUGAAUUUUCAGGCAUCCGUGUCUUUCAAAUUCCAUUUUGUCUAGAAAAUCCUUUGCUUUUUCCAAAAGCACUUCUACUUCUCUAAGGCACUGCUUCAAUUCCUUUCAUUAGCUGCCUCUGAGCACCCUCUCAACAGUGUCACGCAGCACUGUGGUGUAAUACCUCUAUUAAAACCCUUAUCAGAGAGCAUGUACAAGCUUCUCUCCUUCGCGCUGACAUUCGCUCCUUGAGGCCAGCGGCCCCCAAUUAAUUCAUUUCGCGGCCCCAGCUUCGAGUCCAUGGCCUGGCACCUACACCCAGGCGUUCAGUACUUUUGCGGUUCUUAAUUCACGGCAAACGCAAGCUGAAUUAAUAUUACGACCACAGAAGUGGGACUGGGGUAGAUGCCAAGACUAUCCCAGUAACUGGAUUCUGGCCGAGAAAAAGACGCGCGCCAGCAUCCCAAUCGGCAAAAACUACCGGGCAAGUUGGCCCCCGCCACGCUCCUGCUCUGGGGCUCAAGUUCCAAUUCUCGCGAGAUUCAGCCUGAGAACUAGCCCUUCAGCUCCAGUGAUUUGCGGGUUGGUUUCCUCUAGAUUCUCUUGGUCAAACAGUUUUCCGACACGAACCUUUCCGGGGCUGUGCCCCGGAAGAGGAAGUGCGAUCUUCGGGCUGUCAGAGUUGGUGUGUUACUCGGUAGUGGCGGAGUCUACGGAAGCCGUUUUCCCUUCACUUUUCCUGGCUCUAGAGCGCUUUCCACCUGGCGGGUGGGAGUGCACGGACGAAGGUGCGAGAUGAGCACCAUGUUCGCGGACACUCUCCUCAUCGUAUUUAUCUCUGUGUGCACGGCUCUGCUCGCCGAGGGCAUAACCUGGGUCCUGGUUUACAGGACAGACAAGUACAAGAGACUGAAGGCAGAAGUGGAAAAACAGAGUAAAAAAUUGGAAAAGAAGAAGGAAACAAUAACAGAGUCAGCUGGUCGACAACAGAAAAAGAAAAUAGAGAGACAAGAAGAGAAACUGAAGAAUAACAACAGAGAUCUAUCAAUGGUUCGAAUGAAAUCCAUGUUUGCAAUUGGCUUUUGUUUCACUGCCCUAAUGGGAAUGUUCAAUUCCAUAUUUGAUGGUAGAGUGGUAGCAAAGCUUCCUUUUACCCCUCUUUCUUAUAUCCAAGGACUGUCUCACAGAAAUCUGCUGGGAGAUGACACCACAGACUGUUCCUUCAUCUUCCUGUAUAUUCUCUGUACUAUGUCGAUUCGACAGAACAUUCAGAAGAUUCUUGGCCUUGCCCCUUCACGAGCUGCCACCAAGCAGGCAGGUGGAUUUCUUGGCCCACCCCCUCCUUCUGGGAAGUUUUCUUGAACUCAAGCAGAACUUUAUUUUCUAUCAUUCUUUCUAGACACAUACAUCAGACUGGCAACUGUUUUGUAGCAAGAGCCAUAGAUAGCCUUAGUACUUGGGCCUCUUUCUAGUUUUGAAUUAUUUCUAGGCCUUUUGGGUAUGAUUAGAGUGAGAAUGGCAUCCAGCAAACUUGAUCAUGCUUUUGGUCCUAGAUGGUUUUCAAAUAAGCGAAUUGAUUAGUUAAGUUCAGGUGAUGUUUAUGUAAUGAAAAACAAAUAGCAUCCUUCUUGUUUCAUUUACAUAAGAAUUUUCUAUGAGACUGACUCUCAAGGCCCUAUGUAUGCCCUGCAAGAGAUCUAGAAGGAAGAUUUAGUUUGUAUAACUCUUAAUUGUAACUGUUUGUUGAGCUGUUUUUUUUUUUAAGCCAAAUAUAUGACAUAAGAUCAAUAAAGAGGCCAAACUUUUAGCUAUGUUAUGCACAA